GGUGCCGCAACUCUGCGCGGCUCCCGAUCGCUUUUGUUGUGGAGGGGAGGGCGGCGGGGACGGGCAGCUGCCGCCGCCGCCGCGCUGACAGGCGACGGGCACAGCCGCCCGUAUGUAGGGGCUUGCGGCGGGAGGACGGAGCUGGGGAGGCAGCGACCGAGCGGAGCGGAGCCCAGCCCAGCCCAGCCGUGCCGAGCCCGGCGGAGCCCAGCGCGGCGCCGCCCCUGCCCCUGCGGGCGGAGGCCGCCAUGGAAGUCAGCGCGGGGGGUGUGAUAGCUUACAUCAGCUCUUCAAGCUCAGCAUCUAGCCCAGCCUCAUGUCACAGCGAGAGCUCAGACAGCGGUUUCCAGUCAUCCUCUUCACCUGUACCAUCUUCUCCGAACAGCUCCUCCUCGGAAAGCAGCUGCAACGGCCGGAGCAGCGAGGGCUCUGAUGGGGCACCGAAGAGCGAUCGGCUGGAGGAGACUAUUAAAACAAACCAGUCGAGUGUUGCUGGUUUGACAAAAGGCCAUAAUGGAGUCACAAAAUUUAAUGGCAUGGUUCUUCUUUGCAAAGUCUGUGGAGAUGUUGCUUCAGGAUUUCAUUAUGGUGUUCAUGCGUGUGAGGGCUGCAAGGGUUUUUUCAGAAGAAGCAUUCAGCAAAACAUUCAGUAUAAGAAGUGCUUGAAGAAUAACAACUGCUCUAUAAUGAGAAUGAAUAGGAACAGGUGCCAGCAGUGUCGUUUCAAAAAAUGCCUGUCUGUUGGGAUGUCAAGAGAUGCUGUUCGAUUUGGCCGCAUUCCUAAACGUGAAAAACAGAGGAUGCUGAUUGAAAUGCAGAGUGCCAUGAAAACCAUGAUGAACAGUCAGUUCAGUGGUCACUUACCCAAUGAAGCGUUAACAGAACAUCAGGAUCAAGCACCUCAAGACGACCUUUCCUCCAAGCCCAAACAAGAGCGGGAAACCAUCAAAAGCCCUUCUUCCCCUCCUAGCGCUGACAUGGCUAAGGAAGAAGUGAUUGGUAUGGUCACUAGGGCCCACAAAGACACGUUCAUGUACAACCAAGAACAGUCCCAAAACCCAGCAGAGAUGAUGCAGCCCCAGAGUGGGGAGAGAGUGUCGAAGAACACGGAGCAGUACAUCUUGAGCAGCGAGCGCUGUGUUAGUGGGCUUGGUGGCCCUCAGUACCCUGAAAGCGAGCAGCACCUUGGCGGACAGUACAAAGGGAGAAGCGCAAUGCACUAUCCAAGUGGGCACACCAUGUGUUUCACAAACAGCCACUGUAUGAACUUCGCCAGUGGUUAUACCCAGCGACUGUGUGAUAGGAUCCCAGAAGAUGGCUUUUCUCCAAACAAGAAUGCCACUUACUCUUGCAGCACUGGAGGAAGAAUGCAUCUGGUCUGCCCAAUGAGUAAGACUCCACAUGUGGACCCAAACAAGUCUGGCCAUGAAGUCUGGGAAGAGUUUUCCCUGAGUUUUACCCCUGCAGUGAAGGAAGUGGUGGAGUUUGCCAAGCGCAUCCCAGGUUUCCGAGAUCUCUCCCAACAUGACCAGGUUAAUCUUCUGAAGGCUGGGACCUUUGAGGUUUUAAUGGUACGAUUUGCAUCUUUGUUUGAUGCAAAGGAACGUACUGUCACCUUCCUGAGUGGAAAGAAGUACAGUGUGGAUGACUUGCAUUCAAUGGGAGCUGGUGAUCUGCUCAACUCAAUGUUUGAAUUUAGUGAGAAACUAAAUGCCCUGCAACUUAGUGAUGAGGAAAUGAGUUUGUUUACAGCGGUUGUCCUGGUAUCUGCUGUCCCUGGAUAUACAGAACAUCUUGGCCCAGAUUCAAAGAAGGAUUAAGCACCUACUUCUGUAGUAUUAUCUAAAGCCUCAAAUUAGGCACAUUAGCUCUGCAUAUAAUGCCUGGAAUACAAGACGCAGAAUCCCUGCUUGCUGGGUAAGGAGCUCUCUAGAGGUAGCUAGCAGGAAUGCUAGUAGUGCCCGCUUAUACAACAAGCCAGUAUUUGGGGGCCACUCACUUCUUGAAUAAGUGCACCUCUUCCACAUGAGAGGUUUAGACCCACAUCUUUCUUACCAGGGAGGGGCACCUCAGGCGUGGUGCUGUAGGCACAUGAAGCCACUGUGAACAAGGUAGGACAGUUCAGCCUAAUAGCUUUGUGCGUGGCCUAACGGAAAUGUGAUAGCACAGGAUGGGGCAGCUGUAGCCUCUCCAGUUUGUAAACGGUGGUAAUGAGCAGAGGGUGGUACAGAGUUUGCAAGCUUCAAAAGCCAGAGUGAAUAGCAGUGUGAAGGAAGUGUGGCACUGUAGUCUGUUAGUGAAAAUAUUCAGGUAGCAGAGAGUUGCUUUUCCAGACACGGCUUUACAUAUUUUAUCUUUCAGACACUAAAUUGACGAGUACUGGAGACAACCUUUAAAAUAAGGACAGAGAACCAGGCCUCUUCCCUCUUGGUGCAAUGUCGUAACUAGGCUACAGCCACUCUUCUUGCUUGCUCAGCUGCUGGGCCCUAGAAUGUCACAAUCUCUCUGCCACCUGUUUUGAAUGCAAGUGGCUGUAUCUGUUCUGUUAACUGUGCUGCUAGUGCAGAGCCAGCCCCCACCCCCCAGCCUUUUAAGCACUGUUCUGUGCUGUUGCUAGCUCCCAGUAGGGCUUAGCUUAAGGAUGGUCUGUAACGUGUACAGCAUGUAAUGUUAGAGCCAUGCAAUAGAACAAAAAGAGAAUGUGUUUGAUAUUCAGGCUUCUUGUAGCUGCUGAGGAUUUUUCAGAUCAUAGCUUUGGACAUUAUUGCUACCUAUCUUAGCUACCUUGUGAUCUGAUCUGCAGUCUGAUCACAGCCUUCCUGGACAUCAUCACAAAAUACUUCUAGAGUUUUAUAAAGUACAACUUCAUUAGUUUUUCAGCAUUUGGGCCCAAACUUGCAUUUGUACUGUGUUCCAAACACAGUAGUAACCUUGAUGGUCACUGUGAGUCCAGCGAUUUUCAGAUCAACUUCAUUCUGUAGCUUGCAACUGAAUUGAAAUGCUGCAGUUGUUACUUGCACAAGUGAGUGAGCAAGCUUCACGCUCGAACAGGUACCUAAGAAGAACAAAAGUGCCCCCAAAAAUGCUCCUGGGGAAGAUGCUGGCAGUGUGAGGGUUUGCCAGGAGAAGGUGCCUGUAGAACUGAGGGAUUGUGGGCACCUGUUGAUUAAACAAAUCUUGAAAGACAGAUCCCCUACACCCCACCCCUCAAGGAGAAGCAUGACCCGGAGGGUCAUUCCCCAUAAGGUGGAGGCAGAGCUUAAUUAGAGAAGGGUCAAGAAUUGGGGAAGAGCAUCAGAAUGACAUGGAGAUGCAGGCAAAGGCAAAAGAUGCUGUAACUGGAAGAAGAACUGAAGGUGGAAGAAUAAGGCCGUUAAGGCUUCUUCAUCUUGGAGUGAAAGUUACUCAAGAGAAAAUUGAAAGGAAGAUAGUAGUCAAGGUUUACAUCAGUUCCAGAAGUAGACAGGAGUGUUUGACUGUUGAAUCCUGAUUAAGUCAUCCAGAAUAUGACAUACCACGCUGCACUAGUUAAAAAUCUUUUAAAGAGACUUUAAGUUGUUUAAAAAUUUUUCAGAAAAGCCACUGGAAUAAAAAGAGAUGUUCAUAAGUCUCUAAAUAGUGCUAGCUGGGAGAACACUUGUCAGAAGUAUCUCCACAUAACACUGGAUAAAUAAUUGCUCUUACGAGGGAUAGUUGGAACAUGUGGAAAGAUGAAGUAGGGGUGGUAGCAAGGAGUGCGUGUAACUGUACAUCCGCUUGUUUUGGUGUCACAUGGCAAAUAAAAGGCAGGGCUGUAUAGUGGGGAUGUGAGAGUGUUUCUGGUGGUGCUAUGGAGUUAUCUUGGUACUAUUCCAAAAUUAAAAGAAUGGUUUGCCUCUGGCUGCAGUUUGCUGGAUGUGUUGAAGAUGCGGGGGAGAUAGUAAGAUGGCUCAUGGGCACUGGAGAAGGAAGAAGCAAGGUGGAAGCAAAGCUGAAUGAAUGUGGUUCAUACAGCCCUAGAGACCAGAUGGUCUCUUAACUGCGGGUGAUGCCCUGCGGUAGAAGAAUAUGAAAUACGCACCCGCUAUUAUUCUGUCUUAUUGGAGUCGUGCUAAAAACUUCUGCUGGCUACUGGGAGCAGCUGGAAGUAGACUGAGAGGGAGAAGAAAGACUUGGGCUAAUGGAAGAGAAGAGGCUGCAGUAACUCCACUGAGGUAGCCAGGAAAGGCUGGAACUGCAUUCUGCCUUCAGAGGCAAGGCGGUACUGCUGUCACUGUUACAGAGCUCUUGAGAAACCUCAUCUGACCUAUUCUCCUCUUCUGUGCAAAUGUCAUCAUCCCUGCUCGAGGUAGAGCAAACCUAAAGGUUUUGCAAAAAGUGGGACGCAAGUGGGAUAGAUAGUUUAACAAAUAAUGGCAGACAGGCAUCUCUUUACUUGUGCUCUCCUGGAGGACAGCUGUCAAAGCUGAUGGAGCGUCUUUACAGGAGAGUGGAAUAUGUGCUAAUAAACAUAAUUUAAUAUCAAAGUUCCUAAUUGUUAGAGUAGAAAGUUCUGGAACAAUCUUUCUAAAGGAACAAAACAGAUUAUCUGCUUCAAGGUGGAUCCUUAAAUGGAUUAUAUAAUAAUUUUUUCCCAUAGCGGUAGGGAACUGCACUGAAUGCAUGCAGGAGGACUUCCUAGACUCUGUUGACCUGAGAAGUCUGAUUGGAUUGCCACGGACAGCAUAAGGAAGGGAUUCCCACUCUGACUGUACGAUCUGACUCAGUGCUACUCCAGAAAGCUGUUGUCAUUCUGUGUCCCAAUUCUGCAAAGUGCUUAAGUACAUGUACACAUCAAAGCACAUUUCUGUUCGCGUCUGUCACUUGUGUAUGUAUGCACCCUGCCGAAUUUACAUAGCGUUUAAGAGAGGCUACGGCUUGGAAAAAAACAGCUACCCUGCAUGGUUAUUAGGUCAGAUGUUUUGCUUAAAAAUUCAUCCUUUUGAGCUGCUUACUUAGGUUCCAUCUAAGGACAACAAGCAUGUUCUUAAAUAUCACUCUCUUGAAAGAGAUGCUUUGGGUAUGGGGUGAGUGCAGUAUCUGAAAGCGUAAUAUUUUCUUGAUGUUGAAAUUCCUCUUUUCUUCCUCAGUUGGGAAUUUUUGGGUGCAUCAUGUUUCAUUCUAAGUGCUUCAGAACACAUUCAGAAAUAGUGCCUGGUCAUGUCACAGCUUGUACUCCCUUUGCCCCUGGGGAUCCCGCUCUGCAGAUACAGGUGUGACUUGUCCUGUGUGGGAUUUCCUCCUCAAACAUGAACCUCCAGUUUAAGUUUAGGGUUCUGUGUCCAACCUUGAGAAACGUUUGAAAUUUUUACUUCUGUAUGCCCUGUCUCUAUCCUUGUGUUGAAAGUUGCAAUUCAGCAAAGUAUUUAAACAUGUGCUUUGAUCUGUCCUUUUCUGGAAACAUGAGUAAGUGAUUACAGAAGAGGCGAUUGAAUGCUGCCGGUUCGGCGUGAGCUUAAUGCUCUACAAAGUUGAUGCUAAAAAGUGUUCGCAGGACUUUUAGAAUGUGGGUUUGAAACUUCUGGCAUAAGUAUCUAAUUUUUCUUGUGCUUGUUAAUUUAAUCAGUGAUUCUUGCGGGGGCUCUUUCUGUUGCAACUACAUCCAUUCAGUCUUUUUUUUUGUCUUCUUCCUCCUCCCCCUGUUUUUCUCUUUUUUUUCUCUCUCCCUCUCCUCUCCC